UUGUGUGUGUGCGUGUGUAUAUGUCCCGUUUUAUAUUUAUUAACUGUUUCAUUUAAACUUUUUUUUACUGUUACAGAGAACACAGAAUUAUGUAUCUGCGAUCGCUGUGAUAAACCGAUUCGUGACCGUUUUGUAUCCAAAGUUUUAGACCGAUGUUAUCAUGCAAACUGUUUAUGUUGUACAGAAUGUGACAAACUGUUAACCACCAAAUGUUUUAUGAAAGGAAAUAUGCCAUUUUGUAAAGAUCAUUUUUACCAAAGAUUUGGUACAAAGUGUUCAACGUGUAACAACGGCAUCUGCCCAGAUGGAGUUGUCCGUCGAGCAAAUGAACAUGUUUAUCAUAUUGCAUGUUUUAAAUGUGCUGUCUGUAAACGAGAAUUACGGACUGGCGAUGAAUACUAUUUGAUACCCACUGAUGGUCGACUGGUUUGUAAAGUGGAUUAUGAGAUGGCUAAAACUAAAGAAAAUGAACCAGAUACCAGCAGUAAACGACCACGAACAACAAUUACAGCAAAAAGUUUAGAAACUUUAAAGCAAGCCUAUCAAGCUAGCUCAAAACCGGCUCGACAUAUCCGAGAACAGUUGGCUGCAGAUACCGGCUUAGAUAUGCGAGUUGUUCAGGUUUGGUUUCAAAAUCGUCGUGCAAAAGAGAAACGCCUAAAAAAAGAUGCUGGUCGACGAUGGGGAACUUACAGCUUUUUGAAGGCAAUGGAUAGCGAUAGUGCAUCACCGGAGGAAAGCCUCUGUCACAGUCCCAUUUACACUCGUCAGCAGCCAAGUAAACCUAUAAUUCUUUUUCUUCUCCAGUUCCAAAAUUCUGAUAUAUUUUUAGCAAUAGAUCGUUGCCAAAAAAUUUGCAAAAAAUUUUUUGCGGUUAAAUAG